AGGUAGGUGAAAGAAAUUGGACACAUUGUUUCUUUUGUUGGAAUUUUUUCUACUUUCAAUGAAAGCAAGUGUCAAAGUGUUGGAAUGUUAUUCUGUUAAAAGUAAUAACCAUUGAGCAUGUGUCAAGUGUUUUGAUUCUUUGGGCUUGAUAAUAUUUUUCAACUAUAAACUCCGUUUCAAUAGGAGAACAGAGCGAGUCUCUCUCUUUCUUCUCUCUCAAAUAUUUUUCAGAGAGAGACUAUUAUCUUUGAUCCCGUUAACAUGGCUUCUCCGUUGCCAUGUUCUUGCCGUCGACAUGGCUUUCCCGUUGCCAUGUUCUUGCCGUCUACAUGGCUUUUCCGUUGCUGUGUACUUGCCGUCGACAUGGCUUUCCCGUUGCCGUGUUCUUGCCGUCGACAUGGCUUUCCGUUGCCGUGUUCUUUUGCCGUCACCUUUGUUAGGUGUUGUUUGUUUGCUUUCAAUAAAGGGGAUUUGUCUUUCGUCUCUGUUUCUUACAGAGUUUCGAGAUGACACACCUCUCUUCUAUGUUCAUACAAGUUUUUUAUGUUCGUUAGAUUUGAAGCGAAGCUUUACCAUCUUAUGAUAAAUCAGAUCAAUUUAGAACCAUUGGAUCUACGGUUGAUUUGUUUAUACAUAUAGCAUAUGUUGGUGGCUUUUCUCCGGAUCGUUUUGUUGGGUAUACGGUUUACAAAAAUUUCAGGGAUAAUUUGCGAAGAAAGUUGAAGAAAAGAAGAAUUUUCCUUCGCGAUUUUAAGAUGCCUUUCAGCCGUGAUUACAAUUGUUUGGAGUUUCGAUUCGUCUUUGGUGAAAAUCAGAAGAAUCAAUGGUCGAAUUAUAGUUAUCGGCGACGAUUUUCUUCGCCGGAAUAGAAUCUCAGACGGCGGAGGUUGAUGUCGGAAAGCUUUUAGAAUUUUCAUCCAACACGUGUACGACUUGUUGACACGUUUAUUUGGUGAACGACCACUGAGAAACAUUUCUUCAUCUUUAAGCAAUAUAUCUGUAUGGGCCUUGUAGGGCUGUAAUCUGUUGUAGCCCAUUUGUUACGAAUAAAAUUUUAAUUAAGAGAAAAAAAAAAA